ACAAGACACGACAUAGCAAAGAAAUAAUUAGAACAAGAAAAAAGAAAGACACAUAAAUACGUUAUAGAGAACUGAAAUUAGAUGUGAGAAAGAUUGAAUCAUGAAGCAGCUGUGACAACAAAGUAUUCAGCAGAUGGGAGUGGUAGAGUUCAGAAGAGUUGGAUAGCAGGGCUACUUUACCAUAGCCAGGAAGAAGACGGAGAUCGAACACCACACAAUCUGAUUAGUGAUAACACAUCAGGACUCAGGACCAGGAAACCAUGGCAGAACUUGUGGUGUCCGGCGUUGCUAAAAGCCUUGCUGACCUGCUCAAGGACGUGCUCGUGGAGGAAUCUAAACCCCUGCUAAGGGUGAGGCAAAACGUUAGGGAUAUCCAAAAAGAAUUGACGCUGAUAAAUUGUGUCUUGAAAGAUGCCGACGAGAAGCAAGGGCAAGAUAAUAGCCUUCAAAAUUGGGUUUCAGACAUACGAGAAAUCGCUUAUGAUGCUGAGGAUGUCAUUCGAACGUUUUCCAUCAGACAUGUAAUGCGAAUCUCAAAGCCAGUCAAAUGGUAUGCCUGGUUGAAUCUCGGCCAACUUCGACACCGUUGCAAAGUUGGGUCUGAGAUUAAAGCCAUAAAAGCUGAAAUCUCUAGGCUUCGCAUAUCUUCCCAAACCUAUAACUUGAUUUCUGUUGGACAAGGGCCAUCCAGCAAUGCUCUUGAUGAUCGGCAGCAAUAUUCCCAUGAAAAUGAGGAUAUUGUUGGGUUCGAAAGUAGCAUAAAUGAAAUAGUGGAUGAUCUUGUGGAUGAUAGUCGACCUGGUUGGGUCGUGUCAAUUUGGGGCAUGGCAGGUAUUGGAAAGACAACUCUGGCCAGGGAACUUUACCGUAAUGGUCGAAUUAGGCACCAUUUUGAUGGUUUCGGAUGGGUUUGUAUAUCUCAACAAUUUAAACCAGAAGAUGCUUGGGAACAAGUUUUGUUCAAUCUUGUCGCUCCAUCCAAAGAGGAGAGGCAAAAUAUUAAAGAGCUGAGACAGAAUGAGCUUGCAGAAAAGCUUUAUCAGGUUCAGAUAGAGAAGAAAUGUUUGGUGAUCCUUGAUGACAUUUGGAAGGCCGAGGACUGGGACAAGCUACGUCACGCUUUCCCAACUGCCGGAAAAGGGCGCAGCAGGGUAUUGGUUACAACUCGUUUUAGGAAUAUUGUAGUUCCUGAUUACAGUGGUGGUCGUCUUCCUCAUGAACUAAAUUUUUUGUCUGUAGAAGACGGAUGGGAGUUACUUCGGAGGAAGGCAUUUCCAGGGGCGAAGAAUAAUCCAGAUUUUACCGUUGGCGAAGUUAAGGAGAAUUUAGGGAAGGAAAUAGUUGAGAAAUGUGAUGGCUUACCAUUGGCUAUUGUUGUACUCGGAGGACUCUUAGCAACUAAAGAAUCAGUACACGAUUGGGAGAGGAUGAAUGAAGAUGUGCCAUAUUUUUUACAGCAAUCCGACGGUCACAAUAAUAUACUACCAAAGGUUUUGGCUCUAAGCUAUAAUGAGCUGCCACACAAAUUGAAACCUUGUUUCCUUUAUUUGAGUCAUUUCCCAGAGGAUGCUGCAAUACCUAAAAAGAAAUUGAUUCAAUUAUGGAUUGCAGAGGGCAUUGUAUCACUUGAACAGGAGACAGAUAAAGUGCUAGAGGAUGUGGCAGAAGGCCACUUGGUAUCCUUGAUCAAUAGGUGCAUGGUUCAAGUGGCAGAUUUUGGGUCUACUGGAAGAAUCAAAACGUGCCGCCUCCAUGAUAUUAUGCGUGAUUUUUGCUUGUUAAGAGCCGAGAAGGACAACUUUCUCAAGCUUGUUCGCUAUUCAAAUGGAAGUGAUGCUUCUUUUUUAAGCCUGCCAUCAGGUAAAACGCGUAGACUUGCUAUCUACUUGCCUGAAGAUGUUGAUAGAUUUAUCUCAUCACCACGCAAACAAUAUUCCAACCUCAGGUCACUUCUGUAUUUCCAUGGGAAAAGGUGUAGAGUGGAGGAUUGGCACCUCAUUAAAAAGAUUUUGAACCUCAAAAUUCUCAGAGUCCUAGAUCUUGAAGGGGUUAAUGGACCUUAUGGACAGCUGCCAAAAGAAAUUGGGGACCUCAUCCAGCUGCAGUUUCUAAGUUUAAAGAAAACAUAUAUUGGAGUUCUUCCACCAUCCAUUGGUAAUUUGAUCUUCUUGAAAACCCUAAAUUUGCAGACUAUUAGUAAAUUUAGUAGGGAUUCAACAGUACAAAUUCCAAAUGUGAUAUGGAAGAUGACGAAUUUGACCCAUUUAUAUCUUCCCAAGUGGUGUGGCGACAUGGUUAAUGAGCUGAAGUUGUCCAAUCUUCACCGCUUGCAGACACUAGUGAAUUUCCCUGCAAACAAAUGUGAUGUAAAAGAUCUUCUGAAAUUGACUAAACUGAGGAAACUGGUGCUCAAUGACCCAGCGCAUUUCAAAAGUUUAGUAGCAAUUUUCAGUCCCCCAAAUGAUGUCACAUUAAGAUGCCUUCAGUCCUUGUCCUUUAAAAGUGACACACUUGCAUUCCCCGAUGAGGUAGUAGAUGUCAGGCCAUUGCUGUCAAGCUGUUCAGCUCUUCAGAAGUUUCAUGUGGAAGGACGAAUAGAAAAGCUACCAGAAUACCUUCACUUUCCUCAAAACAUUGCCAAGUUAACUUUAUGGGGUUCUGAUCUUGUGGAAGAUCCAAUCCCAAUAUUGGAGAAGCUGCCUAACUUGAGAAUUCUGAGCGGAUGGCAAAUGUUCAUGGGGAAGAAAAUGGUUUUCUCUGAUCAAGGUUUUCCUAAACUCAGAAGUCUACUGCUUCGUGGCUUGAAGCAUUUUGAGGACUGGAUGAUGGAGGAAGGAGCUAUGCCGAGUCUUUAUCGAUUGGAAAUCUCAAAUUGCAUUAAACUGAAGACAAUUCCUGCUGCAGUAAGUUCUGUCAAAACUCUUCAGGAAUUGGAGAUAUGCGGGUGCCUAUUCAAGAUCAAAGAAGAGGACUUUUACAAAGUCCAACAUGUGCCCUCCGUUGUGAUUCGGAAUUGAGGUUAUUUAGUGUCAAAAGUGUGAUGAUCCUCAGGUUUUGCUGCUUUACUGGAAGGCCAACUGAUAAUGCAGUUACAAACCAAGUUACCACAAGAUAGCUGCUACAUGUAAAAUAUGAAACUUCAUAAUAGACAAUGUUGAAAGAGUUGCAUCACUUUGUUUGUUUUUUUAUUUCAAUCAUACUACAGGCGUGAUGGCCAAGCCUCCCUUCUUAGGGUUACAGCCAUCAAAAAAAAAAAAGAUUGUAUGUUUUCUAAUAGACAAUGUGCCUUAUUUUUCAGUACGUUUUUUCCGAUUGGGUGUGUGUAUUGAACCAGGCUCUGUCGUUAUAUGAAAGGAAAAUUUGGUCCA